UUCUGUAAUACAUAUAGUUCGAUUACUAUGUCAUACGUGUUUACACGUUUUCAGCCUAAAAUAUCUUUAUAUCGUUUGUUAAGUUUCGCGUGGAUGAUAUUGUGUGUAUAUAACUUGCUUAUCAAGGCAUUUAGCUUCAGUCAGCCUGGUGGUAGAGAGAUAAAUACCAUCAAACAAGACUACUCCGACACAAACUCUACAAUGAUGUUCAGAAUUCUAUUUUUCCUGGGUGUCAUAACCAGUGUUUCGUGCGAGUGCCCUGCAAAACAAUUUUGUUUCCCAAGGCAAUGGAAAAGCUUGGUAAACUUUGUGAAUGUAAUCGGUGAAGGAAAUGGUACCGUACAAAUCACACCGGGCAGUGCUCACAUCUUCGUUGACGAUGUUGAUGCAAAAUUAAGAUUAGACAUUCAUAAAUCACAUGGAACUGGUACUUUAAUAGUAUUGUACAAAGAGCAUGUUGGGUACUACAUCGAGAACAAUAAAUGUACACCAGUUAAACCUGAUCUGAAAUACAACUUGACCCUCUGUACUCCAGAAAACGCCAACAUCUCUAAGCCGUACCUUAUUGGAUACAAGCCAAGCAUCAAAGCUGUCGACUACAGCUUUCAUUUCUUUGUUUCCAAAGCCGUGCUCAGUGUUGAGGGUAGCACUGCUCCUGUAUCCCUGAGACUCUUUGAGACUCUCCCUGGCAAGUUUUCGGUGCUGAGUACAAUUUUGUUUGAAGACUACUCGCCAACAAAACCAAAUCCGAAGGUUUUCGAUGUUCCAAGUAUAUGUAAACACGGCAAACAGGAAAAUGCCGAAAUGUGGCAAACUUGGGCUAGCAGGCCACUUUGGGAAAUGAUGCAGUAGAAUACUUCAGCAGUGACAUGUUGAUAUCAGCUUAAUAUGUUAGAACUUCUCCACGCACCAACUUAUUAUGAAUGUAUAAAGAAUGAUUUUACAAAGAUCAGUUUGUUUUAUUUGUGGCACUUGAAUUAUUUCGGAACACAUUCUUUAACAUUUUAAAUUUUUCGUGAAUAGAAGCUUUGGCGAGUUUUGUCCAUUUUCACCAAGGAGUAAAAAAAAUCAUGGAAAUUUUUAUACAACUGUGUUUUACCAUUUUAAACAAUGUUUUCAAGAUAGUUUUCACUAUUUUCUGUUAUGCUAAAUUGGUAAAAUUUGCUUUUUUAUAACUGAUUGUACAUGAUGUUCUCAACAUGCUAAUACACUGACCCAGCACUGACUCAGUUUCAAUAAAUAUAUCUCAGCAUA